AAUCUUAACCCCAGCGGUUGCUUAGUCCCGGUUAAGGUUCGGCGUCGUACAAGUCGUCUUUCUAUCGCUGCCAAGGUCAACCAAAUGUCGUUCGAAUUGGAUGUUGGUCCUCCGAGCACCGAGGUGCUAGAAGUUGCCCGCCAGGAACUCCGGGAAACUCCGGAGGUUAGGGCGGCUGCGAUUUUGGAACUAAGGAAGCUGCUUCAAGCGGCCACGGAUUUGAGCUUCCCCGAUGACGAUGACUUCUUGGUGGCAUUUUUGCGACCCAGCCACUUUUACGUGGACAGUGCGCUCAUGUUGAUGAGGAAUCUGGCGGAGUUUUUGAAGACCCACAGCGAUAUCAAGAACGUGCUGCCGGUGGAUCUGAAGGAUGAGAUUUGCAACUACAACUUGGUGACGGUGCUGACCAAUCGGGACCAGCGAGGUCGUCGAAUGGUUGUGGUGCACAUGGGCGAGAUCUGGGACCCGAAAGCGGUCAGUGAGGACAAGAUCUUUGCCAUUCUGUACACCAUCCAUAAGCUGGCCGUAAUGGAGCAGACCACGCAGAUCAACGGUGCCGUUGUGCUGUACGACUUUGAGGGGCUGGGCAUGAAACAGGUCAAGGGAAUGUCCCCGGGAGGUACGAAGCGACUGUUGUCCUUCAUCCAGGAAGCGGCUCCGCUGCGAAUCAAGGGAGUUCACUUUGUCAAGGAACCGAUGCUGUUCAACAUGGUGUGGGCCCUGAUGAAGCCGUUUGUGAAUGAUAAGCUCAAGAAGAGGAUGUACUUCCACGGCAGUGACAUGAAGAAGCUGCAUGCCCACGUGAACGCAGACUGCUUGCCGGCAAACUACGGCGGAACUCUACCCGCGUUGAACUACGGCUCCAAGGAUUGGUACCCUACGAUGGAAAAGCACAGUGACUUCAUCAAGAAGUUCAACUCGGCCGGUUUCAAAUAAGAGCGUGCGCUCCUUUACGUACAAAUAGACUGAAAUAAAUUGUGUGUUUGACAAAACUAUUAAAAACUGCCAACCUCGAGCAAACA